AUGGCAAACCAACGUCCUGGUACGCCAAAUCAGGACGAACGUGGGCCCAGAAACGUGCCGAGAAACAGUCCAGCAAGCCAGCAGCAACACGGAUUUCACCAAUCGAGACGACAGCAGCCCAACCAGCAACAGUCGCAACGGGUCCCUCCUAACCCGCAACAACGUCUCAAUCCACAACCUUUAGGUCCACAACAUCCGGGCUUGCGGAAACCGCAGCAGAUACAACAGUUACAAGGCUCUAACAAUACAGGUGGAAGACAUGGACUCAAGCGCCCCAAUGUGCCGUAUGUCCAGAACAAUGUCACAUUCGGCGGGCUGUUUGCUGAUCAGCCGUCGCGAAUGCCCUCUCCACAAAUACCUAAUGACACGCAAUCUUUGUCAGCAGUGAACCAGUGGCAGACAGACCCAUUGGCGCAUCUACGACUUCCCGGUACUCAACCUAACAUUCCCCAACAAACUCGAGUUCCGAACAACCAACAUUUCCAGUCGUUGCUUCAAAGCCGAGCACCAAGUCCUUCAGGACUUCCACAGGGUCCAUUUACCAGCUCGAAUCCUGUUUCAGUACCACAAGCACCGGGACGACCGUUCAAGGUUGAAUCACCACACCCAGGAGCACAGGAUUGGGCAAGACAGGGACUAGCUGCAAGCUCUCGUCAGACACAGAACGUUCAACGAGGCAACCCACCACGAAGAAAUCCGAACACAAACAAUAAUGCACCGUCAUCGAGUUUGAACCAGACGCUACCCCCAUCCAGCAACACAAACAACACACGCCGAGCACACCAUGAUCAGCAGAGACCAAGAGGGCCACAGCAAUUGCCUAGUUCAGCUCAGCCUCAAUCUCAACCUCCAAAUCAAAGGGGUGCAGCUCCGACUCCCGCGGCUAUACCCACUCUGCAGCCUGUUGUCACAGACUCGAACAAUCCUGUGCCAACGCAGACGCGACAGCGAAAGAGGAAACGGAAUGGCCACGGAAGAGGCGCUACUCCUGCUUCUGCAAAUCCACGUGUCCCACAGCCUCCAACUCCAGUGCAGACUUCGGUCACCAGUUCCAAUCCACCUACAGCGUUUCGAGCACCACAAGUGCGUCAGCGAGGAUUCCAAGACUCGGACGUCCAGUUCAUAGGCCAGGCUCAACGUCAACAUCAACAGCAACCACAGCCUGCUAUACCUCAGACGCCCACUCCACAAGAGCGUAACUCUGUAUCUGCUGUGGGUGGCCAAGACCCAGCAACACGCAACUUUUGGCGACCCCAAAGUCUAGGUGGAGUACCCCGAACACCUAGGCAACUCGAGAAAGAUGCAAUAACCAUAGUACCUGUAGUCCUCGGAACAGGAAACCCACCGUCAUUCAAGGAACAAAUCAUCUGGGUCGAGGAAUGGUCCACCUACAGAAUCAGCAAAUAUCGUUAUGCACCUCGUCUCCUCAAGACGGAUCCUCCACCACAAGGAACGUAUCAACCCAACCUUGGCAGGGGAGAAACCGAUUACUCCGACCCUCGAGAUUUCGCAGCCCCAACAGAAGAGGAGCAGGACUGGGUGUGGAAGGCUCUGAAACCGACUAGGGACAGAUACACAAAAUACACUGAGGUUGACCUGUAUCGAGAGGACUUGCGAAUGCUUGCUGAGGGAUACAAUGCCGCGUGGGAUGAGAUCAGGCGGAUGUUCCAGGACUGGCUCUUUUUCAAGUACAGUCCAGACAUAAAGCGGACUGGUAAUGUACAACAGGAUAUAGCGCGGGAAGUGGGGCAGGAAAAGUGGUUUCUGAAUGGCGAACUGACGCUAUCGUCAGUUCGAUAUGAGGAAGCACUGUUUAAACUGAUGCGAUGGUUUGGUUUGGUUGAGGAUUAUGUUUAUGCUCCGAAUUGGCCGUUCAAAGAAGACCUUCCGAAGGUUGAGAAUGACGCUGGAAAAUUGAGACAGAAUCCGGACGCUUUUGCAUGCAAACACUGUUGUGACAAUGGAAUUAAUUGUUGGGGACAUCGCGAGAAUGAAAACCGGAUCUGUACUCCUUGUGAGCGCUUUCAGGUUCGAUGCAGCAAGGAACAGGACUACCAAGCAUGGCCUCUUGUCGAGCGCCACGCCGAGGCUCGAAUUGCGGCGCGAGAAGUGCACGCCCAACAACCUGAUGCCAGAGGCAGGAAACGCGGUCGUCCUGCUGAUGACGAGGCGGCAGACGAAAGGGCUGCGAAGAGAAGAUAG